GUGUGAAAAUCAGCUGAUAUCCGCGUAAACAGAAGACACAGGGGUGUGUGUAAGACGUUUGACAGUCGUGUUUCGCAAUCGGUCAGCUCCACAUAACACAUGAAGUGUCGACAGCGGAAAUAUGACGUGUGGUUUGGUGUGUGACCGUUUGAUAGGUAGCGCUAAAGAAGAUAAAGUUACUUUGGGGCGAAAGAGGCAGUAGCUACUACUGUAGGGUCAAAGCACCACACGGCUCACAGGGGCUUAAAACAUCACAUGUUGCUGUAUACAAGGCCUGUGUGAGAGCUGCCCUGCCUGGUACCACUGCUGGAAUUCACGAUUCAAGGCUGGUUCGAGCAGUGUGCAUGGAGGAUUUGGAACCAGAGGAACAAUUUCUACAUUGUGCUAGGAAUGGAGACCUUCUUGGCAUCAAGAAACUUUUGUUGUCCAAAUCUAGGCAAGAGAUACAAAUUAAUAUCAACUGCAAAGGAAAGAGCAAGUCAAACCUAGGAUGGACACCACUUCAUUUGGCCUGUUACUUUGGACACAAAGAUGUUGUGGAAGAAUUACUUAGGGCAGGGGCAGAUGCUAAUUUACCAAAUAAUAUUGGGGAUACACCUCUACACAAAGCUGCCUUCACAGGUCGAAAGGAGGUUGUGAUGCUGCUGCUAAACUAUGAUGCAUGUGCCACUGUCAUCAAUGGGACUGCACAGAUUCCCAAAGAUGUUACACAAAAUGCAGAGAUCAGAAGCAUGUUAGAAGCAGCUGAGCGGACAGAGGAGAGAAUGCUGGAGGACAGUCUUUUGGAAGCAGCACGAGAAGGAGACUUGUCCACGCUAAAUCAACUGCUCAGCAGGAAGAAGCCUCCAGACAUCAACUGCACAGAUCUGCUGGGUAACACGCCGUUACACUGUGCAGCCUAUCGUGGGCAGAGGCAGUGUGCCCUAAAGCUACUCAAGAGUGGAGCCAGUCCUAGCAUUAACAACAAGCAGGGCCAGACAGCUUUAGACUUAGCCAAUGAUGCUGUCAUGAAGCAAGUCCUUGAAAGCAACAUCAAUCGAGGAACAGUUCGUCAUGUGAAGAAAUUUGAGGGACCCCUCUGGAAGAGCUCGCGGUUCUUUGGCUGGCGUUCUUACUGGGUCGUUCUGCAGGAUGGGGUCUUGUCUUGGUAUUCCAAACAGUCAGAUGCAGUAGCCAAUGUCAAAAGGCAAGGUUGCAAGUCUCUCACUAACUCCAGCCUCUUGAUGCGAGCCAAAGACAACUGUUUUUUCACACUCAAGUGCUUUGAUGAUAGUGUGCAUCACUUCAAAGUGUCAGCGCAGAACGAUCCAGAGGCAACAAGAAAGGCAUGGCUGGAUGCUUUGGAGGAGCACUCUGCCUACAGUACACACUACUGCUCUCAGGAGCAGGGAAGUGAGACAGAGGACGAGGAGGAAGUGAUGUCACUCGGGGGGCUGUCAGAGUCACUACAGGCGGCAGAAACCAGUCAUAAGAAACUGGAAAGGGAGGUGGCUUCCUUCAUGUCUAUGCUGAAAAAUGACAAGCUGCUUGAAAAAUUUCCACCAACAUUUCACGACAAAAUGCAAGAAAUCUGCGAGUUGUCCGGUGAAACAAGCUCCAAUCUCAGUGUGUGCCUCAGCCUCUUCUCCAGGCAGGAAGGGGUGCGCAGUCUGAAAUUGGAGCAGGAGUUGGAGAAGAAUAAGAUCCUGUCCGAGGCGCUGCAGACUUUGGCGACGGAGCACCAUGAACUAGAGCAGUCGGUGGUCAAAGGAUCUUCACCACGCAGUGCCCUGAGCGAGGAUGAGUUUCACGACGCUGUGUCUGAUUCAGAGUCAGAGCGUUCCCUGAGUGGAUUUGAGACUGUGGCCAGUCAUUCGUCUGAGGAAGAAGACGACGACGAAGACUCUGUAAUGUUCCAUAGCAGCAGCCUGUCCACCAUGUUGGAUCACCAUGGAGAUGAGGACCAGAAUCAACCCAAUGGGAUCUCAAAGCACAGGACAAGUCUUCCUGCUCCGAUGUUUUCCAGAAAUGACUUCAGUAUCUGGAGUAUCCUGAGGAACUGCAUUGGAAUGGAGCUCUCAAAGAUUACAAUGCCUGUGAUUUUCAAUGAACCGCUGAGUUUUCUGCAGCGCCUCACAGAGUACAUGGAGCACACGUACCUUAUACAACAGGCCAAUUCCACACAAAACUCCAUAGAGAGAAUGAAGUGCGUGGCUGCAUUUGCUGUCUCAGCGGUGGCCUCUCAGUGGGAGAGGACAGGAAAACCAUUCAACCCUCUGUUGGGCGAGACCUAUGAACUGGUCAGGGAGGACUUGGGUUUCCGUUUGAUCUCGGAGCAAGUCAGCCAUCACCCGCCCAUCAGUGCCUUCCACGCCCAGGGGCUGCAGCAGGACUUUGUGUUCCAUGGCUCUAUCUACCCCAAACUCAAGUUCUGGGGCAAGAGCGUGGAGGCUGAACCAAAGGGUAUCAUCACUUUGGAGCUACCAAAGCAUAAUGAGUCCUACACAUGGACAAAUCCUACAUGUUGUGUCCACAACAUCAUUGUAGGGCAGCUGUGGAUAGAGCAAUAUGGAAAUGUGGAGAUAACCAAUCACAGAACCGGCGAAAGGUGUAUCCUGAAUUUUAAACCCUGUGGACUUUUUGGCAAAGAGCUGCACAAAGUGGAAGGUUAUAUUUUGGAUAAAAGCAAAAAGAAGCUCUGCUCGCUCUACGGGAAGUGGACCGAGUGUAUGUACGUCAUCGAACCUGCCGCGUUUGAAGCACACAAGAAAAACGACAAGAAAGCAUCCGAAGAGAAGAAGGCUAAAUCGGGCGGAGAGGAGCAGGAGGAGGUGCCCUCUCCUGCUGCAGACACUGUUCAGAUGAUUCCUGGGAGUCAGUUGCUGUGGAGGAUCGCACCCCGGCCACCCAACUCUACACAGAUGUACAGCUUCACUUCUUUUGCAAUGCAACUGAAUGAGCUUCACAAGGACAUGGAGGGGGUGAUCCCACAGACUGACUGCAGACUGCGCCCAGACAUAAGAGCAAUGGAGAACGGAGACAUUGAUCUCGCCAGUGAAGAGAAGAAGAGGCUCGAAGAAAAACAAAGAGCUGCUCGCAAAAACCGCGCCAAGUCGGAUGAAGAGUGGAAAACCAGGUGGUUUCAACAGGGCCAAAAUCCACACACCAAAUCCCAGGACUGGAUCUUCACCGGUGGAUACUGGGACCGUAAAUACACCCAGCUGCCUGAUAUUUACUAAGUGUAGUCCAAGUACUUUGUCAUGACGGAAAAGACUGUUUUUAAAAUGCAAAAAAAGUUACAAGCAAGCAAUAUACAAAGGAACAAGUUGUGUGGCCUUAAUUAAUCUUUGUUAAUAAUUCUCAAGAUGUGAAAAGUUUUGUUUGUAGGAUAUGUAUUUACUGUAUGUUUUGUUCAUUAUGGAGUGUGUUACGCCUCUAAUAUGGUUCUUAAUUGUUUUAAUUGUUAAUUGUUUAAUUAUGUGUUCAAUCUUCAUAUGUAUAUACCAGUUACAUUCCAGACCUCAUAACCUUUUUUUUCUGACUCACCAGAGCAAAACGUUGAAUGUCAAUGGAAAACAAUCAUGUCUCAGAAAUUAUAUAUUUUCAUACAAUCAAAUGAAUUUGUUACUCUUCUACUGUAAUACAAGAAUAGGUCACUUUGUAUGCCGUUGUUGCAAAAAUUGUAUAUCCAUUACAUAAAUUUAAAAAUCCAGACUUUUUACUUUAUGUUCCCAAUAUUUUUGAAUUCAGACUAAAUAUUGCAAAACAGUGUGUUAUAUAUUUUUAGAGGAUGGACUUAUGACUUUCAGUAUUACACUGACAUUUGAAAAGUAAAAGACAAUAUGCUCUCCAGUUAGUGUAUUAUUUGGAUAAAAUCAUUUGAUGCAUUUUGUUCAAACUCCAAUAGUAUUCAGGUAAAAUAUGUUUUUUAUUUUUGCACCUGUUUCUGUUUAGAAUGUGUUGGACCCCUUCCCAAAACAUUCAAGGCCAUGGAUGGACUCAAGGUGAAUAUGACCAUGGACAGACAGUUCAAACCACCUACUUUUACCUUCAUUCUCUUGGGACAGUUGAAUAAUAAAUCCCCUGACCUCAGGCUGUCAUUUUCACUGUCCAAAGACAUGCACAUGUGAGGAGAAAUGCUAAAAUCAAAAUAAACUCAAAGGCAUUUUAAAAU